AUGUGCAAAGACCCCAAAGCACAAGGUCCCAUUGAUACAAGUCUCAAACUCACAUACGGCCCUAUCCCCGGUUCUAACGCAUUAAGAGAGAAUAGCUGCACAGGGCAGCACCAAGACACAAGACUUGUUGCAGAAGUUAUUGUUGUUAUACAAGGCGCGAUCGGUGCCAACCUCCUGGCCCUAUAUAGCCUCGUUGGGUCAAAUGAUCACUUACUUUGUGUUUAUCCGACAUACCAGCAGCUAUGUGAGGUUCCACGAAGCAUUGGAGCUGAAGUCUCAUUAUGGAAGCAGAAAGAGAGCUUCAUUCCCAACGGGGAUGAGCUGAUCAAUCUCAUCCGAAAGAACACAGAGAUGACCAUUAUAAACAAUCCUAAGAAUCCCGCCGGUGCAACUAUCCCUAAUGAACUGGGGCGCAUUGCUCAAAUAGCAGAGGAGAAAAGCAUCACCCUGUUCUCUGACGAAGUUUAUCGCCGACUCUUUCAUGGCGGGGUCUCUGGUCAAAUUGACAUUCUGAAGUCUGCUACGACCUUGGGUUAUGAAAGAACGAUCACGACGGGAUCCAUGUUUAAAGGAUGUGCUUUGGCUAGGAUUCGGGUCGGCUGGAUUGCAAGCAAGGACAAGUCCAUCAUCUCAGCCAUUAUGGCAGCGUGA